AUGGCAACCCCUUUACCACUUAUACCCUGGUCGAAGACUUCGAUUCUCACGUCCCGUAUGCAUCUGGAUGCCUCGAGAAUAGCACAACACGCUGCACUGGACCUUUUCGUACUAGGAUUUGCUGAACAAGCCUUCAUAUUACUCGAGACAGUCCAUGAGUAUGGUAUCGACACGAAAACCAAGGACUAUUACGGAGCGACUAUCUCAAGGCAAUUGACGGGAGCUUGGGGAGCUAGCGAUUCUUUUCCUUCAUGGGCAGACGAAGCGGGCGACGAAGACAUGGACUGCAUAUCUACCACGGGCUUACCCAAGGAUUUGACAGUGAAAGCCGAAGAGCAUGAGUUGAAUAAAGAAGAUGUCAAGUUCGCAUGUGAGCGCCUCAACGCAAAGCCAGAUGCUAUCUAUGGUAUUCCGGAAGAAUCGAUGACGCUCGGUGCUGUCGCACAGGUCGCCUACCUUGCAGGCGAGGAAGAUUUAGCCACUAGCUUGAUCGAAAAGAAUAUGAAAGAGUUCUACCAGUACCUGUUAGACAAUUUCAAUAAUCCAGACAUAAGUGGGGACGAGACGAGGCAAUGGCUAGAGCGUCGCCAGGGCUUGCAGCAUUGCGACGCGAUAUGGGAAACGCUCAGAGAAUUAGAUCUCGGAGAAGUAUUCGGUGUGCGCAUAUCUGACGUGGAAGACUAUGUGAAAGAGGGCUGUAAGAAAUAUCCCUGCGCCCUCUUCAAACAGCGCUCUACUGAAGGACCCAUGCGCCUAUACAGUUCGAAAACGAUGGCCGAGCUGGUGCAGAUGAUCGAAGAAAAUGUCCUUGCCGAACGUGCCGAUAAUGGUGAAGACGAAACAUCUCCCGUCCUGAAUAGUGGCGCAUCAGAAGAUCAGAUUGCCGCUCUCGAGAAACGUCUGUCGGCAUCGCAUGCAGAAGGCGGCCUUGAUGAUACAGAUGUCGCGCUGCCGAGUGGAAACCUUCCAGAUGAAUACAAAGACUUCCUGCGCGCAAGUAACGGGAUCGAUGAAGACCUUUUCUUUAGUACCGAGGACGUAGACACUGAGGGACGCUGGAUGGUCGAUCUGGAUUAUAACCUAUUCCCCAUCGAAGGCAAGGAGUGUCUCCUAUACGGCGCGGAUCGUGACUUUGAUGAGAUCAAACUAGGCGACUAUACGUGCAUUACUAUCGGGACCGGAGAUCACGAAGGUAACGUCACGCUUAUACCACCAACUUCGGUCCGGCCCAUUAUCGAUAGUUUUGAAAAGGCAUAUGCAGAGGCGAGCGAAAACAACAAGAAAGUGUAUGAGCGCGCCGCUCUGGACAUUUAUGGAGGCAUAGAGGAGCUCAGAGCUUUAGAAUGGUUGUGUAUCGAGUUCCAGCAUUCCGCGUAUGAGCAGAGAAUCUGGGGUGGACUGAAGCUUUUUCUGGAAGAGUAUGUCAAAAGAGAAGUUGAUGAGAGAAAGAAGGCUGAGAGACGACAAAGAAGAGACGCGAAGGAAAGGGGAGAAAGCAAAGCUAGGAAGAGAAAGAGGGAAGAUGGCCAGUCUGUUGUUGAUGAUGAUAACAAGUCGGGGACGGACGCGAAGAUAAUCGCCGUUGAUUACACGAAACCAGAUUCCAUCGCCAGAGCCUUGGAAGAGAAUCGUAUCGAUACAGUGAUCUCGACACUUGGAUCAAUGUCAGGUACCGAUCCUGAGAUGGCCCUCAUCGAGGCUGCCAACAAAUCCAGCAUCACACAACGCUACAUUCCAAGUACAUGGGGAAUCAAGUACACGCCUGAGGUUGCUGAAAUCUUUUCGAUAGCCAAAGGAAAGAUUUCUUAUCUUGACGCCCUGGAAAAGACUUCAUUGCAGUACACAUGUGUCAUCAACGGCUUUUUCCUGGACUAUUUUGUAGAGCCAUAUGUCAAAUCAUACCUCACAGGUCUGACGCUGGCCAUCGAUAUCGCCAACAAGGCUGCUGCUAUUCCAGGGUCGGGCAAUGUUCCUGUUGUGUUCACCUACAGCUUCGACAUCGGCAGAUUCGUGGCUGCUCUUCUUGGCCAAACAUCCUGGGAGAAAGAGUCGUACAUCAUUGGUGACAAGAUCACGCUGAACGAAUUCCUCGCUAUUGCUGAGGAGGCAAGGGGAACAAAGUUCGAGACCACAUAUGAUUCGCUGGAGAAGCUCAGAACAUACCAAGUCACCGAGCUGCCUGCUCAUCUACCAAUGUACCCAUAUUUUCCGAAGCAGAUGCUGCAGGGUAUGUGCGCAGUGUUUGGCAUCUUGUUUGAGGAGGGCUUCUUCGACUUCGAGCCAGAGAAAUCUUUGAAUGAUCAAUUCCCUGAGAUAACGACAAGAAAGAUUCGAGACCUGGUCAGCGAGGCUUGGAGAGGUAAAUAG